AUGACAUCGGGUGUCUUAGAAGGGCUGACAUGGACACCCGAUGACGCUCCCUUGUUUCAAUUUAACAAAUUCGUUCUCACCCACUUGGAUAUUGCGCCCCGUAACUUGAUCCUGGAUCCGCAUGGCAAAGUGUGGCUGACCGACUGGGGUGAAUACCCUGAUGGGUUUGAGGUUGCAUCGCUUAGAGCACUGAUCGCCGGAAAUCAACCUAAUGAACUCAAUAUACUACAGUCAAGGGCAUUGCCCAACGCAAGUCGUCGGUUUGCAUUCGGAAUCGACAACGCUUUCACCAGUGCGGAUGAUGUCUAUGUGAAUGACUUCAUCUCUAAAGCGACGCAUGUAAUUAACCUUGGAUAUCCCGACUGGAAACAACUCUCAGUCAUUCUUCAUAGUGCAGCUCAAGAUCGGAUGGAGAACGCGGACGAAAUUCGAAUCAAAGAAAUGGUACAAUCUCUGUCACUGCGAGCGGCUGUGGCGGUAGCUUGGAAGGAGAAAUUCAAGGUUGAUAUUGAAGACACAGACCUGGUCAAUCUAGGAGAAGUUAUCAACUGCGUGUGGAUAGCUUCAAAGGACAUACGUACCACACGGGGGUUCAAAGACAAUCAUGACCUCCAGAAAGCUCUCUCUGUCGUUUUUCCUGACCAUAAUCUCACAGACCCCCGAGAGAGCCCACUAAACUUCAUCCUCCCAGCUUUCGAGACCUUGUGGCGGAUUGUCCUCAUUACUUUUAUCGAGGUUGGGUUCAAGACUGGCAGGCACCAUCCCGAAUGGCGAAAAACUCUCAUUGCAUUUGCUCAGAACCCUACAAAAUUGCAAUUUGAAACAGCAAAUCCCAUCUCUGCUGAAUUUCUUGUCAAAGAAGCGCUUCGUCUCUAUCCACCCACCAAGCGAAUCUAUCGUGCACACAAAUCAGCCGCAUCACAUACACAUAGUAUUAUUGCGGCGGACAUAGAAGCUUGCCAUAUCGGACCUACAAUCUGGGGACCAGGUGCUAAGACAUACAACCCAUCAAGAUGGGCACAUUUGACAAAAGAGCAGAAAAAUGCUUUUCUUCCUUUUGGAAGUGCCCCUUUUACCUGCCCGGCCAAAUCAGUCUUUGGACCGCGGAUUAUCAGCUUGCUUGUUGGGGUCUUGUUCAGUCAGCUACAGGGAGAUUGGCGUUUAGAUGGUGUUGACGAUCUGGCUCGAGAGAGAUUAAAAAAUGAGAGAAAUUCAUACGACGGAGCGGUUUUGGUUCGCUCUUCAUGA